CUCCUUCUUUCUAACCCCCUUUUCCCCCUCCCCCACGAGGUCUGUAUGAUCCACCUUCCUCAUCUGAGUUGAUAAUCAAAUCUCCUCACCUCUGGUUGACGAGUGUGUGCCCUGCUGCUUCAAUCCAGAACGUGUGUCACCAUGGUUCGGGGAAAGACAGUUAUCAAGCGGAUCGAGAACGAGACGAACCGGCAGGUGACCUUCUCUAAGAGGAGGGCCGGACUGUUUAAGAAGGCUAGGGAGCUGGCCAUCCUCUGCGAUGCCGAGGUCGGUGUGCUCGUCUUCUCCAGAGCAGGCCGGCUCUACGAGUUCUCCAACACCAGCAUGACGUCCAUAGUCGAAAGGUACCAGCACAUGACAGAGGGAAAUCAACUCAUGAGCGCAAGCACCGAGGCUAAGUUUUGGCAAGCUGAGGCAACAAACUUGAGGCAGCAACUACAUAACUUGCAAGAAAAUCAUAUGCAAUUGCUCGGACAAAAUCUUUCAGGCAUGGAAGUUGAAGACUUAAAGAGAUUGGAGAACCUGCUGGAAAUGAGCCUUCGUGAGAUUCGGCGGAAAAAGGAUCAACAAAUAAUUGAUAAAAUUGAAGAGUUGAACAAGAAGGAAAAUAUUUUGCAUCAAAAGAACGAGGAAAUAUACCAUAAAUUUGACAUUGUUCGCCAAGAGAACCUGAAUUUGCAGAAAAAAGCGGAACAUGGACAAGGAGUAGAUGGGGAAGAUACAAGUUCUGCUACUUCAUACAACAUUGCUGGUCCAGACUGGGAUAUACCUUUAGUUCGUCUGGAGCUGGGCCAGCCACAGCACGUAGCCAAAGAACAACCCGAAGCACCAACAUUGUGAAGACUUUGACUGCUGCUUUGAUAGGAACAACCGCCGGAGGACUUAUUAGAAGAUGUGAUUGCUUGUAAUAUUAUUAAAGCUAAUUGUUGGACUGUUAAAAGUUCAAAUACUAUCAAAAUAAUAAAAUUACAUCAACUGUACUCUAUCAUAAGUACCAUUCGAUCACAUUUAUCCACAGUGUUUCAGAAUGUUUGUUGAAAG